CCUUUUUAUUUUUUUUCUAUCCUUACAUAAAAAAAUCAAAAAAAAAAAAUAAUAAUUUGCUUAAUAUUAUUAAUAAAUAAAAGAAAUUCUUUUUUUUUUUUCUCUUUUAUAUAAUAAUGUUAUAAUUAUAAUAAUGCAACAACAGGACGGAUUGUCAAUAAUAUUUUAUCCAACAUUCCCUUCAACAAGGAAGCGUCUCCAUAUUUUCACAUGGCCUACGAAAUAUGAAACCAAGGUCCAUCAUCGAGGUAUAAAAUAUCCGGAUUAUUCUUUAAUAUCUUCUAGUCAACAACACCAACAACAACAAGAAGAAGAAAAAGAAAAAAAGGUUUAUUAUCAACAACAAGAAGAAAUUACUGAACAGCAACAACAACAACAACAACAACAACAGCAGCAACAACAACAACAGGCCGUACAGAAUGAUGAUAUACAGGAGGAAGGAAACGAUUGUGUUAUGGCGGGGAAUGAUGGAUUUAGUAAGGUUCCUCAUGAGCUUAUGAUGAUGAUUAUGAAUGAUUUAGAAGUUACGGAUAUAAUUGCAUUAUCCAUGGUAAAUAGAAAACUAAGAGCUCAUACACAGGAUAAUUAUCUAUGGAAGCAAAUAUUAAUUAAGAAAUAUGGUGAAACUACUUUAAAAGAUUACAACAAUCGAUUAUUAUCAUCGAGUAAUCCUCGUAAGGGCAAAUGGAAAUGUAAAAAUAAACAAAUUCCUUCUGUCACUAAUUGGCAGAAAGUGUAUAUGUCUCUAUCAACUGUUAAGAUUAAAACUAAAACAGCCUUUUCAAGAGGUAGACCUGGUACUUUCUAUCGCUACAGGGAUUUUGAUAUUAAAAAGGAUACUGAGCCAUGUAAUAACAAAUUAAGGCAAAAACAACGUUGUUUUGAUAUUGAAAUGACGAUAAGUAACGUUCCGCCGGGAACAUAUGAUGUGAUUUGGCGAAUGCGUGUUGAUAAAUUUCCUGAAAAACCAGUAAUUACCUUUUCCACCGACAUAUGGUUAAGGCAUGAUAUUUAUCUUAGUUCAUACGAACGUGAAGCAAAGUUCAAAUAUUCACCUGAUCCUGAGGAACUUGCAAAAGCUUAUGAUAAAGGAUGGUUUCAUUUUCGGCUUCCUUAUCAAAUUGAAAUUGCAAAAAUUGAACAUUCUGAUGACAGGAGAUAUCAAGUUCAUACUGGAAUUUAUUGUAACACCGAAAAAGUCAAUAAAUCAUCUUCCGUUAAAGGUCCAUUCUCUGUGGAUUAUGUUUGCCUUAGACCACAUAUUCCGUAUAAUCAUUGCCCAAAUGAUACCGAUUUAAAUAAUAUCAACGAAGGUGAAACGAUAUAUGAUAAUGAUUAUUAUAAUAGUGUGGAUGAAGGUUGUAAUUUUAAUGUGAUUGAUGAAACGAUAAGUGAAGAUAAAAGUGAUGAUAAAAAGAAGAGAGAAAGUAUCAAAAGUUUGAUAAAACAUAAGAAGAGAUUAUCUAAAAUAUUAUGCUUAUAAAAUUAUAAAAUUUUUAUUAUUAUUUCCUUCUUAUUUUUUUUUUUGUAUUUUUAAGUAGUGAUUUAUGGUUUAUUAUAUAUUAUGCAAAUGAAAAAAAUUAAAAAGGUGAAAUUAUAAAAAAGGGAUAAUAUAUAAAAAAUAAUCAAAAGAAUGUAAAACAUUAUAAUAUAAUAAUUAUGAUACACAAUAUAUACAAUUUGUUAUGUAUUAUUAUAAUUUUUGAUUAAAAAAUUGAAAAAGAGCGAAUUGUUUUUUAAGAUAACAAAUGUUCUUGUUCUUAAAAGAUAUCAAAUGAAUGUUCGCCACGAAACACGUCCAUC